AUGGGUGAGCGAGCCCUCUACGAAGACGAGCCGUGGUCUGAAACCAACUCCACGAGGUGCCAGGAGCUGGGAGACUCAAUUCUCCUGGUCCUGGGCGGCUUCAUCUUGCUCAACGUGGGCAUCAACACGGUGACUCUGCUCUGGAGGCAUCUGAAGCGCUCCUUGCGGCCGCUUUUCCAUCAUGUUUUCCCCAAAGACAAGCAAGCCAGCUGUGUAGGCGGCCGUUGCACGCGCAUGCGCCACUCCGCGGAUCCCAAGAACCUGUGCUCAAGAGCUUCUUCCCGCUUCCGCCAUCGCCCAAGCUUCCUGCUCGGGCACCCAAACCGCCUCGACUCCUGGAUGCCAGACACAAAUGACGAGAAGGCUUCUAAGUGCUGCCGGAUGCCACCUCGGCGUGGACGGGCUGGGGCUUCCACAGAAGCUCCACGGGGACUGCGGAAGGAGGGGGUAGUGGGAGCCGGGGCGGCCCCUCCGGUCACAGCCUUCAAGUCCCAAGCCGCCUUUUACUUGAGCCAAGAGACAUCUUCCAAGCUCCGCAGGAUGAGCAAGGUGGACGUGGUUCCACGCUGCCUGCCCCAAGAGAGCAAGACUAAGACGCUGGACUAUGACCGAGACCGGGCGCCAGCCAGGGCCCAGCUCCGCACCCCCGUUCAGCCCCCUGUGCGUGCUCCUGCCAAGCCCCAGACCUUCUCCUCAGCCCACCCCCCUAAGCACACACCCCCCCAGGCCCAGACCCCCUCCCCAGCGCUCACCCCUGAGCACAGCCCUGCCCAGGUCCACGGCCCUGAGCAUACCUCAGCCCAUACCCCAGCCCAGGCCCAAGCCCAGGCCCCCUCACAUGCCUCGGCCCAGUCCCUGGGCCACACUUCUGUCUGCACCCUGACCCAUGCUCAUCCGGCCGAUACCCAUGCCAACGCUCUGGCCCCUCCCCCAACUUCUGACCCUGCUACUACCCCUGCCCUAGCCCCUACACCAGCCCCUGUCCCGAUUUCUGCCACAACCUCUGUCCCAGCGCCGGUCAUGGCCUUGACGACCGCUCCAGUCCCUUCCACCACCCCUACCCCCAUCCUAGAUUCUAUUCCCUCUACCUUGUCUGCCUUCAGCCAAGGCCUCUCCUCCGGCCAUGUGUGUCCCCUUCAGAACUCUGGGUAUUCCAGAAAGGACUUGGGUACCUUCUCCAGGCCCCAAGAGGGGCAUGGUCCGGUGACCUCUGGUACAGCUGAGCAAACACUGAAGCAAUGUAGUGGGGACAGUGCCAAGCCCUCCACAGGAUCCAUACCGGGUUACCUGGAGUCAGGGAAUAUGGAAUGGAAGAUCUCAAACGAUGCCAAAGACAAAUUUGUACAGCCCAAGACCUUCCCUUACCACAGCUUCCAUCCUUGCAGUUCUGAGAAGAGAAACACGGACCCUCAGACUCCAGUCUCCCCCAAAUUCCUGGUGUGCUCGAAGGAUGCUGCACCUUCUCAACCUUGCUUCCAUUCUCCAACCAGUGCCCAGAGCUCACCAUGCACCAUGCCUCCACCAUGCACUCUUUCUCUGCCUCUUGUUUCUCCCAGAUCCUUUGUCCUUCAUCAGCACAGAAACCACCAGAAGCCCUCCACCUUAAUACAACCCCCCACCCUUCCCCCAACCUCCAAGUCUCCUCAGUCUGUCCUCUCUUCCCAGGACCCCAUCCCUCCCCAGUUAUCCACUACUUCCCAAACCCCAAACCAGCCCCAACCCCCUGAACUUCAUGAGAGUCUAGGCCUCAACCAAGGCUCUGUCCUCCAAAGGACCCCAGGCCCUUCAAAAGACUGUAGAGUUUCCAGAAACCGAGGCCUUACCCUAAAUCCAGGCCUCCCCAAGAACCCAGGCCUUGCUCAAGAUCCAGGCCUCCACAAGCUUCCAGGCCUUACCCAAGACCCUUAUGUCUGCAAGAAUCCAAGCCUUUCCCAAGACUCUGACCUUCAGAAGAAUCCAGUCAGUACCCAAGAUUCUGGCUCCCGGAAGAGCUUAGGUUCUACUCGAGUUGGACGUUCCUUUAAAGGUCCAUAUCUCACCCAACCCUCUGGUCUCCACAAGAACACACCAUUUCUCCAAACUUCUGACAUUCAGAGAAGCUCAGGCUUUAUGCAUGAUUCUGGAGUCUGUAGGAAUCUAGAACGAAAUCAAGAGACUGUACGCUAUAAAAGUCAAGAGGUCUCCAAAAAAACUGGCCUCCAUAAUAGCCCACACCCUUCUCAAGAUUCUGGAUGUUACAAAAGUACAGGUAAUGCCCGAGAUUCAGGAGUCUCUAGGAGUCCAGAUUUUACCCAAGAUUCUGGGCCACAGAAGAGUCCAUACCUUGCCCAAGACUCUGGAGUCAACAAGAGCUCAGGCCUUUGCCGGGAAUCUGGUCUCCAUAAGAGCCCAGGCCUUGUGCAAACCCCUUGUCUCCAUAAGGGCUCAAGCCCUACCCAAGACUCAGGAGACUACAAGAAUCCAGGUCUUACCCAAGAUUCUGGAGUCUGCAGGAGCCAAGGCCUUACACAAGAUUCUGACCUCCAUAAGAAUCCAGGCCUUACCCAAGCCACUGAAGUCAAAAGGAGAUGUGGCCUUACCCAAGAGGCUGGAAUUUACAGGAGCUCAGAACAUACCCACGACCCUAACUUCCACAAGUACUCAGGAAUUAGUCGAGAUCCUGGCGCCCAUAAGGGUUCAGCCCUUACUCAAGACUCUGGCUUAUCCAAGAGAUCAGGACUCGAUAACAACUCAUGCCUUAACCCAAAUCCUGGCCUCCACAAGAAGCCUCUAGGAACUGACUCUGUCCAAGUUCUGGGCCCACAUCAGACCCGAAAGUCAUUUAUAUCUGAGGCAGUUCCUCGAAAGGAGGAUGCAGGGCAGCACAUACCAUGGACUUCUGUCCCACCCAGUCAGAAAUCCUGCUUUCCCAAGGCUCAGGUGACCUACAAUGACCUGCAAAUCUUCUCAGAGGUACCUGUACUGAUUGAGCUGCUAUCAUCCUCCCGGCAAGCAGGCAGCCAAGAGCAGGUAUACCACCCCAUGGAUACAGUUCCUCCAGCCUGCCAGAACGAUCGCCAGAUGUCUACGCCUCCCCAAAUCAGCUGGAAGCCCUACUGUCCUGGCUCAGGCCCCCGGCUAGGGCAUGUGGUCUUUGACGCCCGCCAGAGACAGUUCAGAGCAGGCAGGAACAAGUGCGAAGCUCUUUCUCCCAGGCGCCUUCACCAAGAGACCUCCAACAACUCAAGGAGACCAUCAAGGAGUGGGGAUAUCAGUGUGAUGAGAAACUUAGAAAAAGAGGGGACAGACAUGCAUGAGGAAUAA